GAAUUGGGCCUGGCCUGACAACAUCAAAGAUUUAGCUGCUGAAACUUGAAAGGGCAUGAAGACUAGAAUCAGUGCUCCCAAUUCUGAAUUGGGAAAAUUGUAAAUAAGAAAUUGAUGCAUUCUAAUUAAAAUUCGCCUGUUGGUGCAGCUAACUUCAAUUUCAAUUUACAAUUUACAGACGAAUUAAUAAUGGAUGAGUAUCCGGAGGAGCUACGGACUCCGCCGGUGGGUCUGAUAGCCUUGGUCGGAUGUCCUGAGCACCACUCCGUCAUAUCCGCCCACCUCCACUCUGAACAGCCACCAAUCAACACCCUUGCCUUGCCGGACCUCUCUAAGAUCUCUCUCCUCUUGUCUUCUAACAAGAAGACGACGACUCCUGAUCCCACCUUAAUUCCUACUGCUGGUAUUCUCAAGAGAGAUUGGCUUCUUAAACACCGCACUAGGGUUCCGGCAGUUGUCGCCGUUCUCUUUAGUUCCGAUCAUGUCUCUGGGGAUCCCGCUCAGUGGCUUCAGCUUUCCACUGAUCUUGAAAAUCUCAAAGUCUUGAUUCGUCCAAAGAAUAUCAAAUUGGCUGUGAUAGUAGUGCAGUCUUCUUCCGACGAUGAUAUCAGCGAAGAUCGAAUCAUUGCACUUCGCAAGCGAGCUGAAUUGGACCCCAAAUACCUUAUGGUCUUCAACCAUACUGAUGCUUAUCAGCUUAAACAAUCCCUUAGCAAAUUGGGCAGCACAUUUGCUGAGUUAGCUAAUACAUAUUACAGAGAUGAAGGCCGAAGGAUUAAAACACGCGUCGAAAAGAAGAAUUUUAAUUCUAAUGAGUUGAAUAUUCGCUAUUGCUUUAAAGUUGCUGUAUAUGCAGAGUUCCGGAGAGAUUGGGUUGAAGCUUUUAGGUUUUAUGAGGAUGCAUAUCAUACACUGCGGGAGAUGGUUGGAACUGCAAAUAGGUUGCCAGUAAUUCAGCGAUUGAUUGAGAUAAAAACUGUAGCUGAGCAACUUCAUUUCAAAAUAUCAACUUUGCUAUUACAUGGUGGGAAGGUAGUAGAGGCUGUUACAUGGUUCCGCCAACACAUUACUUCUUACAAGAAGCUUUUAGGACCAGCAGAAGCUACAUUUCUUCACUGGGAAUGGAUGAGUAGGCAGUUUUUGGUGUUUGCUGAAUUGCUUGAGACCAGUGCAAAAGCGAUUCAUAGCAGUUCUAAUCCAGCUUUGGUCACCACUGACAGGCCUUUAACUGAGUGGGAAUUGCAACCAGCUUAUUACUAUCAGUUAGCUGGUCACUACCUGAAGGAGAAGAGAACAUCUCUUGAACUUGCACUGUCAAUGUCACAAGCUGCUGAUGAGAUUGAUUGCAGUGCUGAAUCAGUGGCACCUUCAGUUUAUGUGGGUCAGUUUGCUCGAUUACUUGAGCAAGGGGAUGCACUAGCUAUGCAAUCUCUUACUGAUGAAGAGUACACCCAGUAUGCUAUUGCAGAAGGGAAAAGAUUUCAAGAUUCUUUUGAAAUUAUUGCUCUUCUUAAAAAAUCUUAUGAAUCAUAUAUCAAUCUCAAGGCCCAGCGAAUGGCUUCUCUUUGUGGGUUCCAGAUGGCUAGAGAAUAUUUUCAAGUGGAUGAUUUUAGUAAUGCAAAGCAAUUACUUGAUGGUGUUUCAGGUUUAUACAGAAAAGAGGGAUGGGCCACUUUAUUGUGGGAAGUCUUGGGUUUUCUGCGUGAGUGUUCAAGGAAAUGUGGUAUGGUGAAAGAAUUUAUAGAGUACUCCCUUGAAAUGGCUGCAUUGCCAGUAUCAGAUGUCCAAUAUUUCAGAUCUAAAGAUUGUAGUCCAGCUGGUCCUGCAAGUGUUGCUCAGAAAGAAGUUAUACAUAAGGAGGUUUUUCAGCUUGUCAAUGGAGAAACAGGGGUGGCAUCAGUCUCAGAUAAUAGUGAGCUCAAAGUAAACCAAGAUAAUCCCCUGCAUCUUGAGAUUGAUCUUGUCAGUCCCCUUAGAUUGGCACUUCUUGCUUCAGUUGCUUUUCAUGAACAGAUGAUGAAGCCUGGUGUUCCUGCCUUGAUUACACUGUCACUUCAAUCACAAUUGCCUCUUACUGUUGAAAUUGAUCAAUUAGAAGUGCAGUUUAAUCAAUCAGAGUGUAACUUUGUCAUCAUAAAUUCCCAAAAACCUCCAUCUGCUGCAAUGUCCAUUGGCCAACAGGGUCACCGUGUUGAAAGUUCUCCUUCUCUAACACUUGUUACUAAUAAGUGGCUACGGUUGACAUAUGCCAUUACAUCUGAACAAAGUGGGAAGCUGGAGUGCAUAUAUGUUGUUGCAAAAAUGGGAGCCCACUUCACAAUUUGUUGUAGAGCUGAAAGCCCUGCUUCAAUGGAUGGUUUACCUCUUUGGAAGUUUGAAGACUGUGUAGAGACUUUUCCAACCAAGGAUCCUGCUCUUGCAUUCUCUGGUCAGAAGAUUACCCAGGUUGAAGAACCAGACCCGAAAGUGGAUCUUAUUUUAGGUGCUUCUGGACCUGCAUUGCUUGGAGAGUGCUUCGCUAUUCCUGUUACUGUGGCUUCCAAGGGUCAUGCCAUCUUUUCUGGUGAGUUGAAAAUCAAUCUAGUGGAUGUAAAAGGAGGCGGGUUGUUUAGUCCGAGGGAAGCAGAAUCAUUCUCUAUGGAUAACCAGCAUGUUGAGCUUCUUGGUCUUAAUGGGCCAGAAGGAGAAGAUGAAUCUCAAGCAGGACCUGAUAAAAUAAAGAAAAUUCAGCAGUCCUUUGGUUUGAUUUCUGUUCCUGUUCUGCAAGAUGGAGAAUCAUGGUCCUGCAAACUGGAAAUUAAGUGGCAUCGACCCAAACCAGUUAUGCUUUUUGUAUCAUUGGGCUAUUUUCCAGAUAGCAGUGAAAUAACUUCACAGAAAGUCCAUGUCCACAAGAGCUUACAAAUUGAAGGAAAGAAUGGUGUUCUAAUUAGCCAUCAGUUUAUGCUGCCAUUCAGGCAGGAUCCUCUGUUGCUAUCAAAGCUCAAGCCAGCUCCUAAUUCUGAUCAACGCGCAUCACUACCGCUGAAUGAAACAAGUAUACUAGUUGUUACUGCUAAAAACUGCAGUGAGAUUCCAUUGCAGUUACAAUCCAUGUCUAUUGAAGUGGAUGAUGAUAAUGAAAGGUCAUUUACCUUGCAACAUGGUGGUGAGGAUCUUUUGGGACCUGCCUACCUUGUGCCUGAAGAAGAGUUCAAAAAGGUUUUCACUAUCAUUCCUGAGGUGGAAUCAUCAAACCUCAACUUAGGAUCAGUCUCCCUAAGAUGGAGGAGAAAAUCUCAAACUGAAGGUCAGUCUAGUUCUGCUGCUGAAUCUUGGGUUUUAACUAAACAUAAACUUCCUGAUGUAAAUGUAGAGUUAUCCCCAUUGGUUUUAAGUGUGGAAUGUCCACCAUAUGCCAUUCUAGGAGAUCCCUUCACAUACUCGGUCAAAAUUCGAAACCAGACACAGUUGCUUCAAGAGGUGAAAUUCUCAUUGGCUGAUGCACAAAGUUUUGUGUUAUCUGGAUCUCACAGUGACACAGUUUUUAUUCUUCCAAAAUCUGAGCGCGUUCUUGGUUACAAGAUUGUGCCACUUGCGUCAGGUUUGCAACAGUUGCCUCGAGUUACUGUGACUUCUGUGCGAUAUUCAGCUGGGUUUCAACCAUCAUCUGCUGCAUCUACUGUUUUUGUCCUUCCCUGUAAUCCUCAUUUCAACACAGCUGAUACAGGAGACAGGGGGAUGGAAUCCGUUGCAGCAGAGUAGUAUUGCCACUCAUGCUGGUUAAUAUUUUGCAGAAACAAGAUCCAGUCAUCAAGGCUGCACAAUGAUUUGUCGACGGCCAAGUGAUCAUUUCAUGCCUGGCUGUAGCUGGAUUUGGAAGAAAAAAAUGUGGUUUUAAGUGCUUUUGUCUUCGGAGGGAAUCUUUCAAAAAGGAGUUCAGAAUGUUGAAGUGUUCUGAACAGAUGUACUGACCCAUACAGGCAUAUCGUUAUGUCAUAUGGCUUGUAAAGAGUGGAGAUGGUGAUUUGCAUUUCGAGGCGGAUUUGGUUCUUGCAGGGAGUUACUAUCAUUAUGCAUCCCAUAUCCUUAAUGAAAAUGUUACUGCGUAUAAUCUUAAGCAGGUAAUAGAAUUGCCUUAUUGUUUGAUAGAUGUCAAUUUAUAGAUUCUUUCGUUAGAGAGAUGGGAAAAAUUGUACUUAACCAGUUGACAGGUGAAUCACUCGAACUGUGGAUAAAUAUGGCAUUUUUUUUUUUAUUUUUUGAGAUGUUAUUUUGUUCAUUUUUUUUAGUUAUAUUUUAGAGGAUGAGUGCUGAUAAGGCACAAAAUGGUGGUGCACCUGUCACAGAAUUUUUUUUUUAAAAUAAAAAUAUGUAUGCUUAUUGCUCAUUGGUUA